GAGGCGGGGCGGCGCGGAGCCGAACAGGACGGCCGCCAUCUUGAGCGGAGCCGGAGUCAGAUUCCGAGGCUGCGGUGGACAGUGUGCGCGAGCCGGCGGUCAGCGCAGCUGCGGCCCAGCCAGAACUCUCUCCAGCCGCCGUUCCACGCCUGUCCCCGGCCCGGCUCCCCGACCCUCGGCCCGGCCCUGUCCAGCCUCCCCGCGGGGUUACGCGGCCGCCCCGGGGACGAUGAACGGAGGAUAAAUGGUGCCCAAGGCAGACAGCGGUGCCUUCCUUCUGCUCUUCCUGCUUGUGCUCACCGUCACCGAGCCGCUGCGACCAGAGCUGCGGUGCAACCCUGGGCAGUUUGCCUGUCGCAGUGGCACUAUCCAGUGCAUCCCCCUCCCCUGGCAGUGUGACGGCUGGGUGACUUGUGAGGAUGAGAGCGACGAAGCCGACUGUCCAGAAGUGACCAGGGAGUCGCGUCCUUACCAUGGGAAGGAGGCUGUGGAUCCGCGGCAGGGGCGGGUCCGAGGCGGCGACCCCACACACUUCCACGCGGCGCAGCCCGUCCGCUUCAGCAGGAAGUGCCCGACAGGGUGGCACCACUAUGAAGGCACAGCCAGCUGCUACAGGGUCUACUUGAGCGGGGAGAACUACUGGGACGCCGCACAGACCUGCCAGCGUGUCAAUGGCUCCCUCGCCACCUUCUCCACUGACCAGGAGCUGCGCUUUGUCCUGGCCCAGGAAUGGGACCAGCCGGAGCGGAGUUUUGCUUGGCAGGACCAGCACAAGUUGUGGGUUGGCUACCAGUAUGUCAUCACUGGCCGGAACCACUCCUUAGAAGGUCGCUGGGAGGUAGCAUUCAAAGGCUCCUCAGAGGUGUUCCUGCCCCCAGACCCCAUCUUCGCGUCGGCCAUGUCCGAAAGUGACAGUGUGUUCUGCGCCCAGCUCCAGUGCUUCCACUUCCCCACCCUCCGCCACCACGACCUGCACAGCUGGCAUGCGGAGAACUGCUACGAGAAGUCUUCGUUUCUGUGUAAAAGAAGUCAAACAUGUGUAGACAUCAAGGACAAUGUGGUGGAUGAAGGGUUCUACUUCACCCCCAAAGGAGACGACCCGUGCCUGAGCUGCACCUGCCAUGGAGGAGCGCCGGAGAUGUGCGUGGCUGCCCUGUGCGAGCGGCCCCAGGGCUGCCAGCAGUACCGCAAGGAUCCCAAGGAGUGCUGCAAGUUCAUGUGCCUGGACCCAGAUGGGAACAGCCUGUUCGACUCCAUGGCCAGUGGGAUGCGUCUGAUCGUUAGUUGCAUCUCCUCCUUCCUCAUCUUGUCCCUGCUGCUUUUCAUGGUCCACCGGCUGCGCCAAAGGCGCCGGGAGCGCAUCGAGUCCCUGAUUGGAGCAAACCUGCACCACUUCAACCUCGGCCGGAGGAUCCCCGGCUUUGACUACGGCCCGGACGGCUUUGGCACGGGCCUCACGCCGCUGCACCUUUCUGACGAUGGAGAAGGCGGGACUUUCCAUUUCCAUGACCCUCCGCCCCCCUACACUGCCUACAAGUACCCAGACAUCGACCAGCCCGAUGACCCGCCGCCGCCCUAUGAGGCCUCCAUCAACCCCGACAGCGUGUUCUACGACCCUACAGACGACGAUGCCUGUGAGCCAGCAGAGACUGGCCCGCCAACCCCUGGGGAUGGGGACAGUGAAGGUGCAUCGCCCCGGCGCCUGGAGCAGCCUCUGCCCACCACGGGGGCCUCCCUGGCAGACCUGGAAGACUCAGCUGACAGCAGUAGCGCCCUGCUCGUGCCCCCUGACCCCACUCAGAGCGGGAGCGCCGCAGCCACAGAGGCGCUGCCAGGGGAUGGCCGCCACAGCCGCAGUUCCCUCAGUACCGUGGUGUAGAGGAUGCCCAGCCCAUGGCCCUGAGGGGCAGGGAGCACCUGUUUGUUGUCAAGAAAACUUUGAUCCCCAUGGAGACUUGAAGGGCUCCUGCGUGAGCUUGGACCCAGCUGCACUGCCGCACACCCCGCGAAGGUGUGCACAUGUGUGUAGAGACUGCACCACACUCCUGAGGGAGCGAGCAACUGCACCGAGUCUCUUGAGGGCUUCAAAAACAUGCAUAGCUCUGGGUCGCUGUCUUUUUCUUUUUAAAUGACAGAAGAAUAACAAAGAUUAUUCAAACCACACAUUUUAGAAGUAGGGAACAAAGCAGGCACUGGGGGCCUGGGUGGGGACCAAAUCAUCCCUGACCUUGGUGGGCUUGCUCGCUGCAGCACGCCGUCCAGAGGAGUCUGCCGCCCAGCGACCGAGCCCUGGCUGCCACGGCGCACCUCACUGCCCACUGUUCAGGAGGGCACUUCCAGGUGCCGGGGUACUUGUGGACUGUUAGGAUUGUCUGGGCAGUGGGUCUGGAGGUUGCAACAGUGCUUACUCUGGGGGUCAUCCCCCACAGGGCCAGCUGUGAACAUCGCGGGUGACCCUGCCCCGGGCUGGGAGCAGGCCUGGGGCUCUGGUGCCCAAGGCCCUGAGAAGGAGAGCUUGGAAGGAGGUUGAACUCUUCACUGUCUUUCCACCUGGGCUCUGCGAAGCCCAGUUCUGUGCCAGCAGGCCCUGGCCCCACCCUGUCGGAUUUCUCCCCAGCAUUGCUGUGCAUGGCUCUUCCAGGAGGCAGCUCUGGAGUGGGUUUGAGGUCCUUAGCCAUGCAUGGGUGUCCUGGCCCUGGACCCUCCGCUGGGGCUUGAGGGCUAAGCUGGCUCCUAUCUGUUACCCUCUGGAGCCCCCCUCCUGUUGAUUUUGCCCUCAGACCUGGCCUGCCCACACCCCCACCUUGUUUGUGCCAUAAAGGGUUGUUUCUUUGGGGGGAGGGGUGGCUGAAAUUAACAUCCUGGGCUGUGUCCAUCUCCUAGAAGUCCACUUCUUGCACGCCACCGCCACCACUAGCACCGAGUGCCCGGUGGCUGCAUGCCACCUUCCUGUCCUCGGCUGCACAGGAUGCUGGGUUCCCUGCCCGAGGGCCUUUGGACGGGGGAGCCUGUUGCCUGUACCUGGGCAGUGGUCUUAUCUCCUGACACGGGGCUCUUAGCAUUUCUGAGGUUUGGAGAUUGCGGGUUCUGUGCGAUUUUCAGCACAUCCAUAUCUUUUCUACGUUGAAUGUCUGGAUCUUUUUUUGUGUGCGUGUGUGUGUCUGUGUGUGUGUACAUAUGUGUCCAAGUGUUUGCAGGUGGUGGCAGUACCUGGGAACUCGUGCCUCGCUUUCCUGUGCUGGCCAUGGCCUCUUGGGUGGCACUGAGGCAUGUCGGGGUCUGCGCCUCUGCCCCUUACCUGAGAGUGCGGAGCCCUGCUCCUGGUCCCCCUUGCAGCCUUUCCAGACCAGCAUACAGCAGGGGGAGGGCUGACGUGAAGGUGGGCCCCCCGUGCUGCUUUGUGGUGACAGACCUUGGUGGCACAGUCCAGUUCUGGGCGUUUUCUCAC